CCAGGCGGUGCCCGGUGCCGUCCCGCCCCGACGGCAGGCGCGGGGAGCCGGGCGGCGGCGGAGCCCCGGGACGCGCCAUGCUGCCCGCCGCGCUGCGCCGCUGGCUACGCCGCCCCAAGCACUCCGACCCCCGCUUGCUCUCCCAGUUCUUCUUUGCCGAUGAGAGGGUGAUGCAGGUGGUGGCCGAGAUCAACGGGCUGGAUGCUGAGCUGGACCCGCAGCAGUACCUGGUGCUCCUCAACCAACUUCACCUCAGCCAGGCUCAUCUGCUGGCCAUCCUGGAGCGGAUCAUGCAGGAGUGCAUCCCCACGCAGCGGCACAGCCGUGACUAUCUGGUCAAGUUCCCUGAGGAGCUCUUGGUGGACAACUUGGGGAACCACAUGCUGUUCGCUGCCGAGUGUCUCCUGGCUGGCACCUUCCUGGAGGUGGAGGAGGUUGACAGGGCGCAGCUGCGGCCCCAGGCCAGGAACCUGCUGUGCAGCCUGGAGCUGGUGCGAACAGUGCUCCGUGAGCAGAGCCUGAGCCAGCCUGGCUCCUACCCAGAGCCCGUCCGGGCUGUGCUCAUCCAAUUUGACCGGCUUUUUGCAGAGUUUGAGCUGAGCUAUGUGUCCUCGCUGGUGGCAGUGAAGUCUCCUGAGGAGAUCUACAGGCAGCAGGAGAUCAUUGUGCUCUUCUGCGAGACGGUGGAGAGAGCCCUGCGCCUCGGCUACCUGACCCAGGAGAUGAUUGAUGGCUACGAACCGCUGCUGAUGUUCACCAUCCCUCGCCUGGCCAUUAUCAGCGGCCUCCUCAUCUACCCCGAGGGUCCACUCAGCCUGGAGCGGAGUCCUGAGCAGAUGUCCCGAGUCUUCAGCCCCUUCUACAACCUCCUGAAGAAGAUCAGGGACCUGCUGCGGGUGCUGUCAGCAGAGGAGCUCUGCCUGCUGGAGAGGAGCCUGUGCGCAGCCGAAUCGGAGGAUCCUUGCGGUCCGGCCACCUCACCAGCUUGGGAGGCAGCCGUGCCCACGGUGGACCCCGCUGCUGCCUGGGAUCGCCGGGAGGUCCCCCACCCCACCCCAGUGCCCCCCACCUACCCAGUGCAGCUGGUACCCCCCAGCGUAGUGAACAACCUGGGCAUCGACCAGCAGUGGAGCCCCCAGUCCCCUGGGAGCAGCCUGGAGCUUGAUGCCUCCCUGGGUGCCCACUGCUCGGGGCUGCGCUCCCGCUACAGCAGCACCAAGGACAUGCUGCACACCCUCUUCGUCUGCAUCUCGGGGGUGGCCGAUCAGCUCCAGACCAACUUUGCCAGUGACCUGCGGAGCAUCUUGAAAACGGUCUUCAAGAUCGUUGCCUCGCAGUCGGAGCCGUUGGAGGAGCCCAGUGCCAGCCAGGAAGAGGAUGGUGGCCCACGUGCGGCGGAUGCUCCUCUUGUGGCCAGCUGUCCCCUGUGCACAGAGGCUGCUGGUCUCCGGAGGGCAGCAGGUGCCUACCGCGUGCCGGAGUGGGUGCCGGACAGCACGUGCAGCCAGUGCUCUGCCUGCCACUCACCCUUCACCCUGCUGCGCCGCAGGCACCACUGCCGCAGCUGUGGGAAGAUCUUCUGCGCCCGCUGCUCGCCACACACCACAGCGCUGCCACACUAUGGCCAGCCCAAACCCGUGCGGGUUUGCACGCACUGCUACACUGCGCACCUCUCGCCCACGCCCCAGCACGGCCGGAGCCAGAGGGAGAUCCCCAUGCCACAUCCGCAUCCGUAGGUGGCCACAGGCUGUGAACAAAACAGCUGCUCCGGGGCUGCUGGGCGGCUCCACGACUCCGCUCGGGGCCAGGUGGGUGAGGUGGCAGGACCCCCACUCGUGUCGGUAGGAUCCGCCCUGCGUGUUGGCGGAGCCACGGUGGGCGCGGGAUCGCCACAGCCGUAACCUGCUCCCGGGGACCCACGUGCCGCCGCCGCACGCCUCCACCCCGGCUGGGAAUUGCGCUUCGUGGUGCUUUGUUUUUUAAUUUCAGGUGAACUUUGGCUGCUGUUGGGGCCGGGGCAGAGUCUCCUCCCGCCGGGGCCCGGCCUGAGACGGUGCAAACAGCCCUCACAUGACGGCGGGUGCCCCGGGGCUGUGCCCGGAGGCUGGCCCUCGCCCCUGGGGCCCGGCGCUCCUCUCCGCGCUGCCCGGCGGGUUUCAAUAAAGAGAUAAA